AUGGAUAAACACCAGGAUACGAAGGAAUUUCCUUGCCCAAACUGCAGUGAAAUUUCCCCUAUACCGGAUCAAGGGUCUGCAGGCCUGAGGGUGAACUUCUUUGCUAAAUCUGUAUUGGAUGCAGCUGAUGAUCAUUCUGCAUCUUCGAAAGAUACUCUUAUAAAUGGCAUAUGCCUGCAACCUGGGGAGCAUGUCCUUGUUGCGUCAAACUGUGUCGAAUGCAGUCGGGAGAUGUGCAACGUGUGUGGAUGUACCUGCAACCACAACUCGUCAAAUUUCACCAAACCUCACAAGCGUCAGUUGACGUGUAAUGAGUUCCAAAAUGCGAAAAAGCUGAACCCAUCACAGCGAAUCUUAUACUGUAAAAUUCACAACAAAGAAAAGCUGAAAUAUUUCUGUCAAAAAGAUCAAUCCCUCAUCUGCCAAAAUUGUGUUGAACUUAAACACGAAGGCCACUCAUUGGUAGACAUUGAACAUACGUCGAAGGCAAACCUGAGACUUGCUAUUGAUCUUGGUAGACAGAGAUCAGUCAAGUAUGAAACUUGUAUCAAGGAAGCCCACGUUGUUAAAAAGGACAUUGAAGAGAAAGCAAAGAUUACCAAAGUCAAACUUGCAGCAGAUCGGAAGAAGGAACAUGAUAAAGUUGAUGCCAAAUUUGACAAAAAGGAAAUUGAGGCUGAUGCAUCUACCAAUGCAUGUCUAAACGACACCGAGGCGUAUUUGGCUAAGCUGAAGCUAGAAAAGGAAACAGUCGAUGGUAGUAUCAAACAAUUAGAAAUUCUCCAGAAUCAUGGCCACCCAGCUGAUAUUGUGUGCAUGAUUCCCGAGAUACACAACAAGCGAAAUGUAUGGUCCAAUCCUCCUGAUUCCAAAUUGACUACUGCUUACAAUCAUCUGGAUGAUCACGUUAAACGUGAGAAGCGUAUGCUUGUUGAGGAUUUUCGAGACAUAGCUGUCCUGCAAAAUGAUGACUUUGUUACAAUUUGUGAUGGGAAUGCAGUAAUUUAUGAUGAAGACUUUAAUAAAAAAGAAUCGACCAUGUUUCCAGUGAUCACAGGUGCGUCUAAUAAGACAAAGGAGGAUGCUUAUGUCAUCAUGUCACCUUCCCGAUUAGACUUUUAUAACAUGGAAAGUGGGGCACUUUUAAAAAGUGUAUACAAUGCCAUUCAGAAUGCAACAGAUUUUGUGAUUGUUCAUCAUUCCGAAAUUUUUAUUUUGGCUCAUGAUAGCAAAAUUAUUAGGUUGUCAGAUACGGGUCGAAUCUUGAAUCUAUACGAUUUAGGUGGAUCAUCAGGAAGAGAUAAAAUGGAAGGAGUCGCCACAAUGCAAGUAAACAGUAAGAAUGACAUCGUUAUGUCUUACAAUGGCGGUGUUGUUGGAAUCAGAUUGAUCAAGGACACUUUCCGGAAGAUCUUUGAGUACAUUCCCGAUUGCAACACGGGGUACAAUAUGUACGCUCAUGUCGACAGUAAAGACAACAUAAUCACCGUGAACAAAAAUAAAAACACGGUGGAGCUUCUUUCCCCUACUGGCGUCUACAUGAAGGAUUUGAUCCCACCAAAUGCGAUUAAGUUUGAGAUAAUACGGGUAGAAUCGAACUCUAAGGGUGAGUUGUUUGUUGGAGUCAUGCACAAGGGUUCCUCCAAGAAGUGCAUCAUCAAACUGAGGUACAGGCGACAGGAUGGUACCAUAGCCUGAAUACAUUGGGGACAGGAUGGUACCAUGCCCUGCGUACAUGGUGGACAGGAUGGUACCAUACCUUGAAAACAUUGGGGACAGGAUGGUACCAUAACCUGAAUACAUGGGGGACAGGAUGGUACCAUACCUUAAAUACAUGGGGACAGGAUGCUACAUACCCUGAAAACAUUGGGGACAGGAUGGUACCAUAACCUGAAUACAUGGGGGACAGGAUGGUACCAUGUCAAGAGUACAUGGGGGAUGGGAUGGUACCAUACCAUCCCAUUCCCCAUGCCAUCCCCAUACCAUAUAAUAAAUCCUUCAAACGAAAUAUGGAGCUUUACAAUAGACUGUUCACUACGUACACUUUGAAAGCAAACCGCACCGCAAAACACAAUGACGUUAUACUUAUAAUCUGCAAAUAAUCCCAAUCUAGCUGAUUAGGGGUCCCGUGGUACGUUUCUCGAAUUCGAUACUAGCAAUGGAAUUUACUUUAUAAAUGAUACAAUGGAUAUGAGAAACGUAAAUCGUGAAAUGUAGAUACAUUUGAAUACUAGUACAAUAACCACUACAUCUUUUUACGUGUUUAGCCCAAACCUAAGAACGAGAAGCAAUUUUAAAUUCUAGUCGUAACGUAAUAUCAAAUUGUGGAUUGAGUAAAUAUUGGGUAAAAAUGCUGAAAAAUUUGUGAUCUUCAAAUAACCAUACAAAUGAUUCAUUGUUUAAAAUUUGUUUUGACACAAGCUGAUAUAUUUACAAAACGAAACUAAACUGUCGUGAGGCCCAGACCAAUUAAAAUGCCAUUCAUAAAUACUUACACAAAAUCAAGUAUAUUAUCAUAUAAUAAUCGUUGAGUUAAUCAUUGACUUCUGCUCAAGAGCUCUUGAAGAAAACGAAAAUUUCAUUUUUGGGUACAGUACAAACUAGAUAAAGAGAUACGUGAAAUGGG